UGCGCCGCCGCUGCCGCGAGCCGAGGAUUGCAAAUUGAGCCGACGGGUCUUUGUUUCGGCUACGCCCACUGUUAAAGUAUUUCGGCAAACAACGCGACGCAUUUAUCGCGUGGAUGUGUAUUUGAACCAGUGCCGAGUGACCACAACAAUGCAAAGUUGCAUACGUGUUUGAAGAUUGGCUACUAUGUGCAUUUACGGUGGGAGGUAGCAUGCAGUAUUAAUAUUUAAUCGGCGAAGUUGGCAGGCGUCCGCCAUGUUUUAAGGCUGUGAGUUGGGCCUAGGUUUAAUUUCGUCAAAGUGCUUAAUAUUUUGUGGCAAGCAGAAGUGAUAGUGUUGAGUUGACAUGAUACACUCGGAUGUAGUGCGGUGAUCGUCUUUUGGAUAAUCCCAACCUCAGCAUUUUGAAGGAGGUUGCCAAUGGGGUUCAAACUGACGGGAUGACCGAGACUUGCUGGAAUGCAGGAGGUGGCGCUGUCGUGAAAAUGGAGCAAUUCUCACCGGCGCUGGACCCCCGCAAGCAGGAACUCUUGGAGAUGCGUUUCACCGGGGCCAAGAUGUCAGCUGGUUCACAAAUUCAGAUGGCACCACAAUCCACUGUGAAUUCAGGCCAGUCUGUACAUAGUCAGGACUCAAACAUGAGUACAGGGUCAUCCCACAGUGAUAAAGAGACUGAUGGUAAUACUCCAGAGAAACAUCAGCAAGCUCGAACACCUUCUGACCGAAAAAGAAAGAGAAAAGCAGAUGACAUAGGGGGUCCGGGAUCAAUUGGUGGACCGGCUGGUGGUCCUGGAGGUACUGCUGUAUCAACGAAAGGAGGAAGCAGAACAGUUCCAGAAACUAAAAAGAUAAAUGACUAUUUUGUGAAGCACCCGAUGCACACACCCCAUCCUCCUGGAACAAGCCCUAUUCGACAUGGUGGGGCCAAGAGUCCUUCACCUCAACAAGGUUACUCCAUGUUUCCACCCUCCCCCCAGCAAACAGUACCACCUGUAGUGACAGGUGAUUACGCUAGUCUCAUGCACCCUCCCAGGCAGCACCCUAACCCUAAUAAUAUGAUCAGCAAACAAGUCCAGACUGAGCUGACUUGCCAAAGGAUACAAGAAUUCGAGACACAGGCUUCAACUGAUUUGGAAUUAAGAAACACCAAAAUAGAUGAAUUAACUAGAACGUCAGAUGAAUUAAGACAUACAAUCAGUGCACAACAAAAACAAAUGGACCAGCAUAAAGCUCAUGUUGCAAAAUGUAUCGAUGUAGUGACAAAGUUAUUAAAAGAAAAGUCAAAUAUAGAAAAGAAAGAAGCACGUCAGCGAUGCAUGCAAAAUCGGUUGCGGCUUGGCCAGUUUGUUACACAGAGAGUAGGUGCCACUUUCCAAGAGAACUGGACUGAUGGUUAUGCUUUUCAAGAAUUAGCAAGGCGGCAAGAAGAAAUUUCAUCGGAGAGAGAAGAAAUAGACAAACAAAAGAAAAUGUUGUUGAAGAAAAGGCCAACUAAUGAGACUGGAAGAGGCAAGAGAAAUAAUAAUACUAAUGCCCAGCAGACACAGCAGCAGACAACUGCAACUACUGUCACCACUGGCACUCCUUUACCAACACCCCCUGUUCAGGCUGGUGGAAGCAAUUCCAAUCCUGCAACCACCAACACUGGAACCACAACGCUUCACAAUGGCACUGAUACUGCUACUUUCCUGAAACCUGAGGCAUUACCUGGGUUCUCAAUGCAGGAGUACUAUGAAGCAGAUGAAAUUCUCAAACUACGGCAGUCUGCUCUGAAAAAGGAGGAUGCUGAUUUGCAGUUAGAGAUGGAAAAGUUAGAGAGGGAGCGAAAUCUGCACAUUCGUGAGUUAAAGCGAAUUCACAAUGAAGAUCAGAGCCGCUUCAACAAUCACCCUGUUCUCAACGAACGGUACCUCCUACUCAUGUUACUUGGUAAAGGAGGGUUUAGUGAAGUGCAUAAGGCAUUUGAUUUGAAAGAGCAGCGGUAUGUUGCAUGCAAAGUUCAUCAAUUGAAUAAAGACUGGAAAGAAGAUAAGAAAGCAAAUUACAUUAAGCAUGCACUUAGGGAAUACAACAUUCAUAAGCUGUUGGAUCAUCUACGGGUUGUGAAACUGUACGAUGUGUUUGAAAUAGAUGCUAACUCAUUUUGUACAGUACUUGAAUAUUGUGAUGGUCAUGAUCUAGACUUUUAUUUGAAACAGCACAAAACAAUAGCAGAGAGAGAGGCUAGAUCAAUAGUGAUGCAAGUUGUUUCAGCCCUAAAGUACCUUAAUGAGAUCAAACCACCUGUGAUCCAUUAUGAUCUCAAGCCAGGAAAUAUUCUGUUGACAGAGGGUAAUGUAUGUGGUGAAAUUAAAAUCACAGACUUUGGGUUAAGUAAAGUCAUGGAUGAGGAAAAUUACAAUCCUGACCAUGGAAUGGACUUAACCUCACAGGGUGCUGGCACUUAUUGGUAUUUACCUCCAGAAUGUUUUGUAGUAGGGAAAACUCCACCAAAAAUAUCUUCCAAAGUUGAUGUUUGGAGUGUUGGUGUUAUAUUUUAUCAAUGUUUAUAUGGCAAAAAGCCAUUUGGACAUAAUCAAUCACAAGCUACCAUUUUGGAAGAAAACACCAUUCUGAAGGCAACAGAAGUCCAGUUUGCCAACAAACCUACUGUGAGCACUGAGGCCAAGAGCUUCAUUCGUAGCUGUUUGGCCUAUCGGAAAGAGGACCGAAUUGACGUGUUUGCGCUGGCGCGGCACGAAUAUCUCCAGCCCCCAGUGCCCAAGAGUGGGCGCCAGACCAGCAGUCACCAGAUCCAGGCUGUGCAACAGCAGCAGCAGCAACAGCAGCAGCAGCAGCAGCAAAUUCAGCACAUCCAACCACAGCCUUCAUUCAGUUCUGGAAUGUUUACUGGAAUGAAUCAAUCAAGCUCAUCAUAGUGACUGCCUUGUGUUGUGCAGCAAGAAAGUGAAUCACAUUUUGUAACGCCAAAAAAACUAGUUAGACAAUAUGAGUAGGCUGCUCUCUGAAAUGCACUAGCCAGACUCUGUGCAUUUGUGUUCAGUUCUGUUCUGCGGGCAGCAGAGCUGGGAAAUACAACUGAGUGUCCUCAAAUAUCAGUAAAAAUUUUAAACUUUGCCUUUUUUUAAUUCAUUCAUUUUGUUUUUAAAUGAACUUGUCAGAAAAUGGUUUGUUAGUGAUCUUAAAGCAACAGUAUCAAAAGGUUUGUUGUAGUGAAGGGUUGUCUGAUUGGUUCCUCUGAUGUGUUCCACUUAAGUAAUCUGCAUAUAUUACUUUGCUAGAUACUUCAGCAAAUUACAGUUAAGGUGGACUGGCAUGUAAGUUAUUAAAACCUUACUAAAAGAAGGAAAAAAUCUUCAAUUUAUAUUUUGACGAAGUACUUUGUUUAGUGUGUAUAUACAAACGUGUACAGCAUUUUGUUAUUAAGUUUUUGCAAGUUUUUGGGACUAGCUGCCUAUAGCCACCUGGCAACCCUUAUUUUGCUAGGCAGGUAUCUCGACGUGGAGUGGCAACAAGAUCUGUCCAGGUGUAUUAGCAAUUCCAACUCUUUAACUACUUCAGACUUUUUGUACCAGCUAAAAUGUUGUCAAGGGAGGUUGGGCACCUUCCUAAUGUAUACAUAGAGUGUAUGUAAAUUUCCUUUUUUUACCAAUUUUUCCCUUUUGUAGUGUACAUGGUACGUGGAAAUGUGAUAACCGCUGACCUGUAGGAUGUACCAUUAGUGGGAGGAGUGCCGAAACCUAGGCAGAGCAAUUGUGGUUGCUACAUACGUGUUACUGUAUUUUCUGACGGUAUGUGGUGUAAGCUUGUUGCCGUUCUGAUUCGGGGGCCCCUGUUAUGAGCUGUGAAAUCGUUCCAGUUCUCCAAUUGUUAUCAUAUUGUUAGCCUUGCCUUUGACUUGGUUUGAAAAGGAAGCAUUUUUAAAUUGUUAUUUGAAACAGUUGGAAAUACUCUUCCUUCAAAUAUAUUCUACAUAUUAUACACAUCCGUGCGAGUGUGAAGGAGAUGGAUGGUGGCAGUCCUGUGAUAGCAGCGCCGACUGAGAUUGUUAUGUUUUCAAGACUUGCUCUCAUACCCAAUAAAACAUGCUAAGACCAAAAUGGGAAAAAAAAAUCUGCAUCAUAAACUUAGGAUACAUGAUUGUUGUUUGUUUCUGUUACUGUAAUAAUACAGUAUGUGUGAGGACUUGUUAUGUGCCGCAUCAUGUGAAGUACCUUUAUGGAGUCUUGAGUGUGUACUUGUGAGAGCAUGUGUGUCUGUGUGUGUGUGCGCCUGUGUGAUAUAGUGUGCGUGUUGUGUGAGUGUUGUGUGAAUGCGAAUGUAUGUGUGUAUCCUGUGCUGGACUGUAUGCUCCAGUGUGAUUUCUGGUACCCCUUCUUGCCCUUAACUGGUGCUCAUCAAUGUUUUCCUAUUUUAAAACGGUGUCCUUUUUUUUCCAUUUUCUGUUAUCCUAUUGUUUUUAUAAUGUGAACCUAGUAAUUAUGAGAAUCAAAAUCAUUUUCUCCACAGCUCAAAGCAAAAUAUUGCAUUUAUUUCUAUGAUUAGAAAGUGGUCAAUUCUUAUUUUUUUUAAAAUAGCGCAUUUGGCUUUAAUAUUCAAAAUUUUCAAUGAAUUUUAUGAAAACAGAUCUGGCUUUUUUGGAAUGUACCUUGUGGAUUAAAAUGAUAAUCAUUGUUAUACAUAAUGAGCAACUCCUACUUCUUGACCUUUUAAUUGAUUUUUUUAAGUACAAUGAAACCCUUCUUGUAUUUAUUCUUUAUUUUGUAAUUUUUAUUUAUGGACUUGCAACGGAGUGAGUAAUAUUUUAGUGGCCAACUUCCGUUAGCCAAGUUCUUGGUUCAAGGUUUUCUCCACAAUUGACAUGAACAUGCUGUAUCAGCAUUUGUAUUUCAUAGAACUUUUCCCAUUUUGCAUAGAAUAUGUGAAGACAUUGAACUGAAAAGCUCAGACCAGAUUAAACCACACUUGAUAUGAAUGGAUCUGAUUACGAUUCACUUGACUUCUUAAAUUAUUGCUAAUAAAUAAUAUUAUAAUUGCCUUGCAGAAUGUUUAUGUACAUAGCAAAGAGAGUAAAGCGUCUGAUCGUCACA